AUGUGUCCCAUCAAGGCGCUUCGCCCACUAUCAGUAGCGUUGAAGUCGUGCAGCAACUCUUUUCUUCGACCAUAUCAACAGGAAUGUAUUGAUAAGUGCAUUCAAUCCAUAACGCAUGGCACGAAGCGGAUCGGAGUAUCAAUAGCUACUGGCGGUGGCAAAACGGUUAUAUUUUCGCACUUAAUUGAUCGCCUCCGCAGCCUUUCUGGCCGAGACACUUUCAGGACUUUAAUCUUAGUACACAGACGAGAGUUGGCUCAGCAGGCAAGUAAUGUGCUAGCUACCUUUUUCCCUCAAUAUGACGUUCAGAUUGAGAUGGGCAAACUGAAAUGUGAGAUUGACACUGCAGAUGUGAUCGUAGCGUCUGUACAAACUUUAGUACGAAGGCUAGAUCGGUUUGACCCCAAAACUAUUGAUCUCAUUAUUAUAGAUGAGGCUCACCAUGCGGCCGCGAAAUCCUACUUGCAAAUUCUCAAACACUUCAAUGCUGAUCAUAGCAGUACUUUGAUACCGGUCGUCGGCUUCAGUGCUACUUUUGAGAGGGCCGACAACAAAGCAUUAUCCGCAGUGAUGGAUGAUAUCGUAUUUCAUAGAGGAAUCAUAGAAAUGAUAGACAACAAAUGGCUCUGUGAAAGCCGCUUUACUACAGUGGACGUUAAGCUGAACCUGUCAGCUGUUUCGAUAUCAGGUUCAGACUUCCAAAUCGAUGGCCUUUCACAAGUGGUCAAUACUCGAGAGGUAAAUAACGUAGUUCUCGAGACCUACCUGCGAAAGAAGCAACAAUAUAAUCUUCGAUCUACGCUAUUAUUUGGGUGCGAUGUCGAACACGUCCAAACUCUACAAGCGCUGUUCCAGAAAUCCGACAUUAACGCACAAUUCGUAACCGCGAAAACGCGACAGAGCGAAAGGGACUCGAUUGUUGAGGAUUUCAAAAACGGCAAGGUUGAGGUACUUAUGAACUGCGGUAUUUUCACGGAGGGGACAGAUCUGCCCAGCAUUGAUAGUAUUUUGCUCUGCCGACCUACUCGUUCCCGGUCAUUGCUGGUGCAGAUGAUAGGGCGCGGGUUGAGAUUGCACCGCUCUAAAGAUCGUUGCCAUAUCUUUGAUUUUGUUGAUGCUGCGAAUGUAGGAGUUGUAUCAUUCCCCACUCUUGUAGGAAUCGAAGAUGUGGAUCUUGAUCUCACCGAUGCGACGAUACAGGAAUUGCAGGUGAUCAAAGAAGAGCUAGUCCUCAAGCAACAAGAAGCGGACAUGGAGAAGGGUAGAGACCGAGAAAAUGAGAGGUUAGCGCAUCAAAAAUUCAGAGAUCUUUUGAAGAAUUCUCAAGCAUUCGAUCUGACACUCACUACGUUUGAAGAUUUCUUGUCAUUCCACAAACAAACCGCAGCCAUGACGGAUCCAGAAGAUCCAAUUUGGGAUUCUGAUCUGGGGAAAGAAAUAAAACUUAUACGCGAAUCGUCGUACCCAUGGGUGCGAUUUGCGAAAAACGCAUGGGCCAUGUCAAUAGAUUCACACCAUCAUUUACGAAUUUACAAAGAGUGUAACAAAGCAUCGAAGAAGCUUGGCGCCACGUAUGUGUUGAAACUUUACACAUUGUUUCCUGAUAGAGUUCGCGCCGACGCGGGGGCUCGCUACAAAACGCAUGAGGUGAAAACAGAUAAGAAUUUGGCUGUUGUGGUAGCGGCAGUUGAGAAGCUGGUUAAAGAAUUUUUGACACAGCCUGGUUCAAAGGUAAAGAACUUCACAAAAUAUUCACCUUGGAGACUCACUGCCGCUUCUACAAAACAAAAAUCAUUGCUUCAAAGUAAAAUCACGAAAUUGAUUUCGAAAGAAGACUCUAAAUUUUCUGAGAAACUUGAUGCAUCCAUUGUGAAAAAGUACGUCGAUAACCUCACGAAAGGCGAGGCAUCAAAUAUACUGUUUGCAACAAGCGUGGCACCCGUAUACCCGCUUAAAUCUCUUUGUAAAGUAUUAAAUUAUAGGUCAUAA